AUGGCAGUGCAGCAGAGGAAAACCGUCGUCACCGAGACGACCACCACCACCAAGAACGUCGACCACCAAGUCGGCAAGACCUGGGGUCGCGAUCGCGAUGUCUCCUUCGGCACCAUCUUGAUCUCACUCGGAAUCUUGGUCAUGUCGCCCAUCUGGGUUCUUUACACCUACAUCUCGUGCAACGGAUACCAGUGCGCCAUGUCUGCCCCAGCCCUCGAAAUCUACAACGCGCCUGAUGCCCUCAUUGCCUUGAAGACCCUCUUGGCCCGCGAGUUGCCCACUUUCUCGCCCUAUGCUGCUCGUCUCUUCUUCACCUGGUUGACCUUCCAGGCUGUUCUUUACGCUUUCUUGCCUGCCCAGAUCGGAUAUGGUCAGCGUACCCCUGCUGGACACUUGCUUCCCUACAAGGUCAACGGAUUGUUGGCGUGGAUCAUCUCGCACGCUAUCUACGCUGCCGGCGGCCUCUACUUUGGCUGGUGGAAGCUGUCAAUUAUCCACGACAACUGGGGUGGUCUCUUGAUCGCCGCCAACGCCUACGGAUACUUCCUCACCUUCUUCUGCUACAUCAAGGCCCACCUUUUCCCUUCCCACGCCGCUGACCGCAAGUUCUCCGGCUCCUUCAUCUACGAUCUCCUCAUGGGUAUCGAGUUCAACCCCCGUUUCGGCAAGUACUUUGACUUCAAGCUCUUCCACAAUGGUCGCCCUGGAAUCGUUGCCUGGACCAUGAUCGACUUGUCCUUCGCCGCUGCCCAGUACCAGAAGAUCGGCUAUGUCAGCAACUCGAUGAUCCUCUUGAACUUGCUCCACGCCACCUACGUCCUGGACUUUUUCUACAACGAGGACUGGUACCUCCGCACCAUCGACAUCGCCCACGACCACUUUGGCUUCUACCUCGCCUGGGGUGAUUCCGUCUGGCUGCCCUGGUUGUAUACCCUCCAGUCGCACUACCUCGUCCGCAACACCGUCGAUUUGACCCCCGUUCAGUUCGGCUUCAUUUUCGCCGUCGGCUUCACCGGCUACUUCAUCUUCCGCUCCGUCAACCACCAGAAGGAUAUCGUCCGCUCGACUAACGGCGAGUGCAUGAUCUGGGGCAAGCCCGCCAAGGUCAUCCGCACCUCCUACGUCACCUCCGACGGCAAGACCCACAAGUCUCUCCUCCUCUGCUCCGGUUACUGGGGUCUCUCGCGUCACUUCAACUAUGUCGGUGACCUCUUGAUCUCUCUCGCCAUGUGCAUGACCUGCGGCACCAAGCACCUCUUGCCUUACUUCUACAUCAUCUACAUGACCAUCUUGUUGUUGCACCGCAUCCAGCGUGAUCAUACCCGCUGCAAGGGCAAGUAUGGCAAGUACUGGGAGGAGUACAUGAAGGUUGUCCCCUACAAGUUGAUCCCCUACGUCUACUAA